CGCCCGAUUCUUCCACCGCCGGGAAGUUUCUCUCUCCUCUCUCAUAAAUCUUUUCCCUUGCCCUGUUUCUCGUCCCGUAAUUCUGUUAGGACUUAGGAGUUUGAAUUCUGCUCCACCACUCCAGUUCGCGGCUUCCUCGGGCGGUCGCCGACGGAAAACAGUGCCGGGGAGCUUAGGAAGUUCCUGAAGUCUUUCAACUCCGGCACUCGCUUCACUUACAGUUUCAGCUAUCGUCGGCGGCGACCGGUAGGUUCCCGAUCCCAACCUCUCCAGUCUCCGGUACGGUAAGUUGGUCGUCGUUCACCGGAGAUUCUCAACUUCUCGUCGUUAUUGCUCAAAUAGAUUGGCCAAUUGUGGUACUCCUUCCUUUUGUCGAACCGGAAUUGAGAAUUCGGUGACCGAAAAGUGAAGAAUCUUAUGAUUUCUCUUUUAAAAGGCCAAACUCGUCUCCGUUCACCGGAGAUUCCCGAGUUGACGUCGGUAUUGGCUUGUAGCUAGCUACUUUAUCUGUUCAGAAUGGGAAUUUGAUUAUAGAAAAGGGAAAGAAUCUUUCUAUGAUUCCUAUUUUAUCUCAAAUUUCUCCUGAAAAGGAGAAACCCUUCCGUACCUGUCAGGCUAAAGAGGAAAUUUUGCUUCCCGUUAUUUGUUUGGACUGCAGAUUUUGUUUCCUCCAUGGUGACGGAGGAGAGACCGGAGAGAAACGAGCAGCGCGAUGAUGAGGAAGAUGAUGGUUGCGGAAGGGAUUACUAUGAUAGUGAAGGAAUCCCAGUUCAUGUUUUGGACUCUGGGGAGGAGAUUAAACUUCCCAGUAUACCGCAGCACUACUAUGGAGUGAAGGCUAAUGGCGAGCAUUGCCGUUACCCGAUUUGUGAGGAAAGGGAGGAAACCAUUGCUGAGCUUCCUGCAGGUGUCCAUACGGGGCCUCCGGGCUACUUGAGGGAAGUAUGGGACUAUGCAAGGAAGGCGGCUUAUCAGGCGAGGGCAAAGGCAGCUGAGGCGGCCUUAGCCCACGUUCAAGAACGGGAACUGAAGCUUCAACUCUAUUUCCUGAACCUAUCGAUGGAAACAUGGAAGCAUAAGGCCCUUCACUUGAUGCGAUGCAACUUGUGCUUUGGGAAUUCUGCUGCUACCACUAUUCCUGCCAAUGUUAGUUUGCCGAGCCCUCCAUCCACAAUGCCCCCUGCUGCUGCUGUUACUGCGAACCCAAUGCCAGAGCUUGUGCAGGCAAAUGCACCAACCGGUCCACAUAUUGCUCCGGUCGAAGCUCCAAGUUCUACUACUACUCCUCAUCCUCCCCCAUCAUCCAUGGCGAAUGGUGCUGGUACUUCAGUUGCUGCUGCUGCUGCAGCGCCUGUGAUGAAUGGAACCAUGUCUAGCUUGCCCAAUCCGCACACCACUGAUGCCAUCCCUACCAGUGGGAGUUCCAUUCCUCAACUUCCUCCUCCAGAACUCAACGGUGAAGGUAACAAGAGUAAGUCUAAAUCUCCUCCUCCAGAACUCAAAGGCAAAGGUAAAAACAGUAAAUCUAAGGCUGAGGCGAAGAACAAGUCUGCCAAAACUCCGACUCCGAAGAAAAACAACAGUCGUAAGGUCGGCGAGAAAAGCAAGAGUGCAGGAGGAAAUGGUGACGGUGGAGCUAGUAGCAGUUUGAAUAGUUGGAGUUUGGGUCUGAUGUGGAAUGCUCCUAAAAAGAGAAGGACGUGAGACUUCAUUCUUGGGCGAGGUUAGGGAUAUGUUUAAUUGUGUUUAUAGAUGGAUUAGGAUGUCACUCUUUGUACCAUUUACUAUCCGUGUUUAUGACUUUGGAGGCAAUGGCAUUUCAUUAACCUGGUCUAGUGUGGAAUUUUGAGUUGUUUUUGUUCUUUGGAAAGGUUAGAGAGAUAGGCUUUGUUUUUCCAUUCAGGAUCAAAAUUCUUGUAUCGAGUACUGUGUUAUCAAUGGAGGCCACUAUUUAAAUUAACAUAACCGUAUUGAAUACAUUACUUCAGAAUAAAAAAUUGAGUCCAAUUAUAUAAGGAUUAAAACAAAUCUAUCGUAUCACUUUUACAUAUAUAUGGAGAUCAUUUCAUGAUUAGGAUUAUGGAAUCAACUGACGGGGACUAAUUCACUGAUUGUACAAAAUAGAGAUCAAAGCAAAACACGAGGGAGGACAGACGGUAAGCUCGACGAGGAGAGUGAGGGAUAUACAAAAUGAGGAUUAAGACCAUGCAUCUUAGGUGGAGAAGGAAUAGAUAGAGUAGAGAGAUUAGCCAUAAUUGAUGGGUUUCUUCGUGAUGGGAAGAAUGGAACGAGAAAAUGUUUGGAAGGGUAAUGAGUGGUGGGCACGUGUGGGUGGUUAAUUCGUGGAUUGAUAUUGACCCACCCGUAAAUAAUCCGACUUGCAAGUAGUGGGUGGUUGAUGUGGGUGGAUUGCGGAUUAAUAAAUCUUCACUCGCACUUAUGUGGGUGGGUGGUGGGUGGGUUGCGGGUCACCCGAAUGACCCGCAUCCUAUUUUCAAAUGACAAAAAUGUUGUUUUGACUACUAUUAUUGGUUAUUGUGUUGUGUCAUUUCCAUUAGACAUUAGAUAUUGGAAUCUAAAUUAUUGUUAAUAUCCAUUAAAUAAUGGGAUGAAAAUUUUAAAUAAUUAAUUUUAUCAAAAUCACAAAAUGCUUUAGUUUUCUCUACACAAUUGGUAAAUAGAGUAGUAAAUUUUUUUAUGCAAAUACUACAUGGGUUCACUUGAGAUAAAGUGAGAAGUGUUUAAAUUGAUACCGUCUUACUAAUUUACCAUGAACUUAAUAUAAAUGUUAGUCAAUUUUCUUAAUGACUAGUUGAAGAAUUGCUUUUGCGGGUUAACCCACGACCGAACCACACUUAACCGCGAACCCCAACCCGACCUGCAGAAGAAUGUGGGUGGAUUGCGGGUCACAAUUAUUCCAACUCGCUAGUAAGCGCGUGGAUCAAUUUGAAACGAAAACCCGCCCAUUGCCCACCCCUAGUAAUGAGGUUGUUUUUAGUUUCAUGAAAGAGUGAUAGUUUUAUAAAAAGAUGAAAAAAUAAUAUGGGAUUUUUUAAAAUAGCAAGAGUUAGUUAUUUUUUAUUUUUUGGUAGGAAGAGUUAGUUAUUUCACAAUCUCGGAGUUGCAAGUUUUUGAAUAAAAUUCAAUUUCAAAAUCUAUCAUUCUCAUACCUCAUCCAAACAAGUUAUGUAGAUAAAUUUUCAUAUUUAAUUAGAUUGUGUGAAAAUCUCUAUGAAAUCUUCCAUUGUUAGUAAGUUGACUAGGAUUGUCUUGAUGAUAAAUUUCAACGGAUUAAUUUGAUUUAAUUAUUUCUUUUCGAGAUAAUUUAGUCAAAUUGAUCAAUCUGACAGCACAACAAUUACAAUUUCUAGAGUGAAUGUCGUAAUUCAAAGUUUCUCGGAAGUUUCAGUCCGAAUAAUGAUUUUGAUUGUUAAUCAUUACAAUUUCCGGGGGGUCCCGAGUUUUGCUCAAAUAAAAGCUGUUCAUUUCUAUGUAUAUCAUAUCUAUUACAAGACUUAACUUGUGAAAAGAAAAAAAAUUCACCCCAAAUACUUUUGUAAAAGAAUUCAAUGAAUGAGAAAGAUAAGG